UCCUCCCAGCCAUACCAGUACUUACUUUCUGCCCUUUCUUGAAGAAACGGGCGAACCGUUAUUCAUUCAACAUCGGCUACCAUACUUCCUCUUGAUAACGAAUUCCUGCCAUGUCUCCCAACCCAUCCCAGAAUUCACCUUGGCCAGCUCAGACAGCUCCACCAUCGUCAUCAUAUUCAUCAUCGAAGCGAAAGAGCCCUGACAUGGGAUCUUCUUGGUCCUCAUCACUGGGAAGGAGACAGGGAACUAUCAUCUCGAAUCAGAGUGCGCUCGCCGAGACUCAAUGUGAAAUAUACGCUGAUAAUAGUCAGGUGACUUGCUAUCCAGGCGCAGGUGAUCUUGUGAUUCAACACCAGUGGGCACCGGUUGUCUGGAACAGUAGACGGCCGCAACUUUCCCAGUUCAAUGUCGUCCAGCUGUACUUGAUUGAUGCUGAUACAAACCUCCCCAUUCUCAAUUUCACACAAACAAAUCCAACUAAUAAUGCCGGUGAAAUGAAUGCACCUGUGAAUGAUACGUGGUUCGGAACCAAAGGCAAUUCAUGGACGCCAGGGCAGAACUUCUCAUACCCAUUUUAUUGGGUAGUGACCAAUCAGGAUGGUCUGGAUGGCUCUCAAACCACAAAUCCAACGUUCACGGCUAUUCAAACUACAUAUGCAGAUGCUGUCGUUUCGUCUAUGCAGUCCUCGUCAUCCGCUGCCGCCGCAUCGUCAUCCGCCGCUGCCGCCUCGUCAUCUGCUGCUGCUCUGUCAUCAGCAUCAUCUAGCUUACAUGCAUCUGGGACAUCGUCACUUCCAUCGGGAAAUGUUCAGUCAAACAACUCAAAUGCACCUUUUCCUCAUUGGGCAAUAGCAGUCAUCGUGGUACUCGGAUUUCUCGCUAUCGUAGCUGGUGGUGUCUUGAUUUGGUUAAUCGCGCGCCGUUUACGAAGACGUGAACAGCUAUCGAAUCGAGGGUCCAUGGGUUCCUCGUCUCCGAUGAUGGCCAAUGCCCAGAACUCCAACUCUCCUCAGCUACCGUUGUUGGGGGCUGGGUUGGUGGGUGCGACGGCUGGCCGGACAUCAUCAGAACAUCAUCGGCCUGCAUCGAUCAUAUCUCCGGAUGGUGCAUCCGAUAUCUCACGGGCCCACUCUGCAGGCGAUACCGGUCCAUUUUCAGGAGCCGAUGCAGCCAUCAUGGCGGAUGCAUUUAGGAAAGCAUUGCGCAAACCUGAUUUUGCAGGGCCCCCUGUUGAGGAGGCCGAGGACCACAGGGAUGAUGCGAUCAUGAAUCGUGAAUUGGCAGAAGAAGGACGGGACCUACGGAGCGUCAGGUUCAUCACGGGGAGUUAAAGUGGAAACUCUAAGUGAGACUGGUGAUACAGUGCA